AUAAAAAGGGGUUGCUCUUUCACUCACUCUCAUUCAUCUUGCCAUCUAUUUGCCAGUUCAGAUACAUAUUUUUUUAUUAUUGUAUUUCAUCAAUGCUGCCAAGAUCACCUCUGGAGGCAUCUGUUACUUACAAACAUUUAAUAUCUAGGAUUCUUUCCCUAUGCCAAUACUCAUUUCAAAAAUAAUUUAUCCUCUUAAAAACUAUACUUCUUUCUUAUCCUUUUCUGAUAGGCUCUUUGAGUUAGUCAAUCAAGAUUCAUCAACUAAAUGAUGCAAGAUUCAAUCCCUGCUUGUUUUUCAGCAGGGGAAAAGCUAUCAGAUGAUCAUGCUGCAGUAACUAGGUCAGGGCAAAGCAUUUUUAUGUCCGUUUAUCGGACGAAAAUCGCUGACCAGUGCAGGUUAAUCACAGUUACUUGGUGCAAGAAUUUGUUGCUACAUGGUUUAUCAGUGUCAGUAGAUGGGUCAAGUGGAGAUGGACAGUAUACUUGCAAGGUGGAGCUAAAGCCUUGGUACUUCUGGAGGAAACAAGGUUCAAAGCAUUUUCUUGUGGACAGUAAGCCAGUUGAUAUAUUCUGGGAUCUUAAGGCUGCUAAAUUUAAUGGUGAGACAGAGCCAAGCUCAGAGUAUUAUGUAGCUGUGGUUUGUGAUGAGGAAGUUAUUCUACUUCUUGGUGAUUUGAAGAAAGAUGCUUAUAGAAAGACAGGCUGCAGGCCAGCACUGAUUGAGCCAAUUCUUGUAUCAAGAAAAGAACAUGUUUUUGGCAAGAAGAAGUUUUUAACAAGAGUUAAGUUCCAUGAUAAGGGUAGAAUGCAUGAGAUCUCAAUUGAGUGCAAGAACAGGAUUAACAGUAGCGGAAUUUCUAUCGAUGGGGUUGAUCCAGAAAUGGAGAUAAGGAUAGAUGGGAAAUUGUUCAUUCAUGUGAAGCAUUUGCAGUGGAAAUUCAGAGGGAACGAAUCGAUUCAUCUCAACAAAGUAAGGAUAGAAGUAUAUUGGGAUGUUCAUGACUGGAUUUUCAAUCCUGGUUUAAGGCAUGCUUUAUUCAUUUUCAAGCCAGUUUUGUUAUCCACAUCUCCUUCAUCAGUAUCCGAAUUAUCAUCACCGCCAUUCUCUUCAUCGACAUCAACUCCUUUAUCAUCCCAAACAGGAAGUUCUGGUUCAAUAGAGGGGUUAAAUUCAAACAGCUCCUCAGAUUUUUGCCUGUUUCUUUAUGCUUGGAAAGUAGAAUGAGAAAAGUUACAUAGAGUGAAUAUUGGUUUAUUGUAUCUAUCAUCAUUAAAAGCAUCUAAAGAAAACAUAAUGGUUGAAAGAGAAAAAACUGAGACUCAUGUUAUGGCCUUAUUAGGAAGGAGAUUGGGUUGACAGGUGAGAGAAAGAAAAGAGCCAGGGCACAUGGGAACAAUUGGGGCCAAAAAUUAGCAUAUUGUGGCUGCAAGGUAGUUACAGCUGUUUUUGAAAAAGAAAUGGGCAUAAUUGGACAAAAACAGAUUGGAUAACAUAACAUGCUCAAUUAUUUUCCCAAUCUAGAGGCAUCUCCAUGUUUGUUUUCCCCCACAGUUUUCUUCUCUUUCUCAACUCUGGUUUUUGAUAAGUGAGCAAUUAUUUUUGUGAUACUUUUGUCUUCUAAAUUCUCUCUAUAUAUACAGAAAAAUAUUGAAUACAUUUUACUUCACUGUA